AUGGUACACAGGCUGGCUGCAGACUGCUGUCUGCAUGGCGGGUCCUGUCGCACCGAGGGUGGGUCCUGCCAGUGUCCUGCCGGCUACUCGGGCCACCGCUGCGAGCGAGUGUCCUGCGAGCCUAGCUGUCUGCAUGGCGGGACCUGCGAGCAUCCUGGCAUCUGCCUCUGUCCGCCGCAGUACUCUGGCCCGCGCUGCGAGCUCCCGGCGUGCGGGGGCGGCUGCCUGCACGGCGGCUCGUGCGUGGCCCCCGGGCUGUGCGCGUGCGGGGGCGGCCACGAGGGGCGGCGCUGUGAGGCCUCCAGGUGCGCUAUGCCCUGCCAGCACGGCGGCCGCUGCGCCGGGCCCGGACUCUGCUCGUGUCCCUCGGGCUGGGCCGGCCCCGACUGCAGCGCGCCCGUGUGUGAGCCGCCCUGCAGACACGGGGGCCAGUGCGAGGGACCGCAGCUGUGCCGCUGCCCCAGGGGAACCAGCGGCGCCUACUGCCAGACCUGUGAGUGCCCUGUCGCCAUCUGCCCGCGUCGGGAAGCCUGA